UGAGAAAAUAUCGAUGUGUAAUACGAUGUGUUUACUUGUAAUCAUAAAAUCGCGGCUUCGUAUAAAGCGGUUCAUUUAUUGAUUUUGUUUGGUGUAAAUUUUAAAAGGGAAAUAUUUCUCCACACGUUUGAAAUGGAUAUCGAACUGCCUUAUAGAACUGAAUACGCCAAGAGUGGCCGUUCUUCCUGUAAAAUGUGUAAAUGCUCUAUAUCACAAGGCUCCCUUCGUUUAGCUGCAAUUGUACAGUCGGCUUUUCACGACGGAAAGCAGCCGAUGUGGUAUCAUGAAGAUUGUUUUUUUAAAAAGCAGCGACCUAAAUCCGUAGGUGAUAUAGAAAAUUUUGAAAAUAUAAGGUUUGACGAUCAACAACGAAUAACGUUGAAAGUUGUUUGACAGCUAAACGCCGCCAUUUAAUAUGCAUAUGCAGCCAAAGGCAGACGCGUGGUUUUGAAGGUGUUUUUAUUUAAUAAAUUGUGAUUGAUAGGUUAAAGUUAAUGUAAUAAAGAAUUUCCGAAUUUUACAAAAAAGGGCAUAUUUCAAACCCAAUUUGUAAAUAAAUUAGUGACCAAAAAUUACAAUAGUGGAAAUAUAUUACUGAAGUAGCUGCUUUAAGGAGAAUAGGAGUGAUAAAUUUACGCUAAUUUCCGAGUUUUACAAA